GGGAACCAAUUUAGUACAGCGGCGAAGAAAUCUCAGCCGCUGAAAUCGAAAUCGAUGGAGAAGUGUUUUCACCUCCUUCCAACUCCUCUCUGUUUCUUGUUCAACUGUUCCUUAGUACUGUUAUUGAUCUCCUCUUGCACUCCCUCGGCUCUCUCUGCAACUCGUCAUCCGAUUUCCGAGGCUGAGAUCAGGGAGAAGAAGAACGCCUGCUAUGCGGACAUCGAAAGUGGAUUGUGGGGUUGGAAAUGCAGAUCUUCCAUUACUGAGAAGGAAAACUGUGCUCUGAGAUGCCUUUCUUCGGCGUGCUAUCAACUGAUCUACGAGAGCGAUCCUCUAGAGGAAGGGGAGAAAGAUCACAGCCGUAACCACGAGUACAAGUACUGUUUGCACAAGGAAUCAUUAGGAGAGAGUCUGGAAGGUGUAAAGGGGGUAUUUGACUAGGGUGACUUCUUAUUACUUUCUUCAUUGCCAUGUCUGCCAAGUGUUCUGUAUGAAAAAAUCUUUAUAAGCAGUUGGGUUACUGAAAAUGCUCUACUUGGUUUGAUAAUGUCUACCAGAAGCACGUAUUUAUAAGCCUGCUGAUCUCCACGAUACAUAGAUGUGGGAGUGAAAUCAAUUAUAAAUGAUAUUUUUGUUAGGUGAAAUCUUAAUUUACAUGCAAAUUGAAUAAAAUUGAUAUUGUUCUAUUUUGUAA